UCGAUGAAAGCGGUCGCGGGCGCCGGGGACAAGUCGCAUGUAGGGCGCACCGGAAGUGCUGGUUUUUUAUCGACAGCCACACCCACUUGUUGCGUCGCGUUGCAGUGCGUUUAUGUUUCAGUGUGAGCCAAGUGUAGCAGCUUCGAGAAGUAUUGCUCCUGAGAACUGCUUUUGAAUACGUGUUCAACAACAUGCAUGUUUUACUGGAUAUUUUUGUGUAUGUCUUAGCUCAGCUGCUGGCUGUACAUGACAACAGGUGAGCCCAAGACUGCUGCUCAGCGGUAGAGGAAAUCACCUGCAAGAGAUGGUGUAAAUUCGGCAAAUUACUUGUAGACAAGCUGGGAGGAACGUGUUGAAGUGAUCCGGUGCCUGUGCUUUCAGUGUGCUUUGUUCGUGUGAUAGUAGUGACCUUCGUAUCUAUUAAUUUUUUAUUUCCGAGUAUUCGCUUGCAAGUUCCGUCAGAUGCGCUCGGCUUAUUAGCAACUCAGUAGUACAUGUGACCUGGCUGUGUGUAGACUGUCAGCUGUCGUUUGACGUUACGUACCUGUUUACAUGCGAGCAUAUUAUUUACGCAGCUAGUAGAUCUCAAGUCUGUGAAUAGUUACUAGCGCUGUUGUUUGCACAGAACUAGGUAAUAGCCCGAAACAAGACAUAGACGAAGAGGAAGUCUCUUGAAGAUUGAAUUAGCGCUGUAUCUCUAAAGGACAAUGGACUGUUCUUGCGGUUAAGAGUAACGGUAAAAAUAACAUGAAAAAUUUUGCUACUCAUGAGGGGAAGUUGUAAAGGUGUGCAGCUGGGUGACACCAUACCGUUGGAGUGAUGCCUUUUCCGAGUACACUUUACAAAAUAGUGUUCUCUCAUAAUGGAACUGCGGCGAACUGAGGAUUGCGGACGACAUCUUUAAUGACAAUGGCACACGAUGACCAGACGAGAGACCCGGAUGAGCGAGGGAACGCGUUGUCGAAGGCCGACGCGUUCUCGCUGUCCUCGUUCGGCUCCAACAGCAGCGAGGAGGGCAGCCUGGUGACAGAUGGGGAAGAGGAGGAGGACAAGGGCGGACACGUCAACCUGGUGAUGAGCGAGCUGCUCAACCAGCCGCCACCCUCCAGCGUCAACAUAACCAACUCGUCGGACGUCCGCAUCGGUCCGAGCCUCCACUACAAUGGCCCCGUCACCAUUAACCAGUUCCUCAACUUGCAGCAGCAGGGUGCGCUUGGAGCCGAAGACACUCCUCUGCCGCUGGAUGGAACAGGGAAAGGCGUUCUGACCGGCGUCGCAUCCUCGGGAACCGCCGGCAGUGCAGAAGUGAGCAAGCGCUCUGGCGGCGAUGGCGCUGGCGGCAGAGGUGCGCUCUGGUGGCGGCGUCCCAAAGUGCUUGCGGCAGCAGGAGUGUUCGUAGUGUUCGUGGCCGGCGCCGUGACGGCCGUGGCGCUGCUGUGGCCCUCCUCGAGAGUUCGGUCGGCCACCUCCACUCCCAUCACCUCCAGUCGGAACGCUAUGGCGACCCAGAGGAACUACGUCAUCCCCACAGUGCCACCGCAGAACCCGGAACUGGUGCUGAAGAACGGACAGCGUAUCAUUCCCAGGUCCCUGUGGAGCAGUGGCGUGGACCCCAUCUUCACCAUCCCUCUGCAUCACCCGACACCCUACGUGGUCAUCGGACACACCGCGGGCGCGCCCUGCGAAGGUGAAGAGGAGUGCUUCAGCAAGUUGCGCGACUAUCGCGACGAAAAUUACGUAGAGUGGGGCGAGCCCGACAUCUCGUACAACUUCCUAAUAGACGUGGAAGGCAACAUUUACGAGGGCCGCGGCUGGGACGCCGCCAACAACUACGACAGGGAGUGGGUGUUGCGCUGCAACCUCGCCGUGACCUUCCUGGGCAACUUCUCGCGCGACAACGCGACGGAGGCGAUGGCGCGCUCGCUGCAGCUGCUGCUGGAGCUGGGCGUGUCCCUGGGCAAGCUGGACAGUGAGUACCGGCUGCUGGCGCACAAUCAGGUGGCCAGCACUCUGAGCCCGGGGCCCAACGUGCUCAAGCUCAUCGAGUCCUGGCCGCACCGCUGCUUGCAGCUCUGCAGCGCCGGCAUGCAGUGCAUCCGAGCAAACUCGACGGAAGUCAGCACGACAGCGUCGAGCACCAACGAAAGUGGGGAAAGUUUCAAAAGGAACUAAAAAAUAUUGUAAUUUAACCUCAAAGACGUUGUUGUUGUGGUCUUCAGUCCUGAGACUGGUUUGAUGCAGCUCUCCAUGCUACCCUAUCUUAUGCAAGCUUCUUCGUCUCCCAGUACCUACUGCAGCCUACACCCUUCUGAAUUUGCUUAGUGUAUUCAUCUCUUGGUCUCCCUCUACGAUUUUUACCCUCCACGCUGCCCUCCAAUACUAAAUUUGUGAUCCCUUGAUGCCUCAGAACAUGUCCUACUAACCGGUCCCUUCUUUUUGUCAAGUUGAGCCACAUACUCCUCUUCUCCCCAAUUCUAUUCAAUACUUCAUCGUUAGUUACGUGAUCUACCCAUCUAAUCUUCAGCAUUCUCCUGUAGCACCACAUUUCGAAAUCUUCUAUUCUCUUCUUGUCCAAACUAUUUAUCGUCCAUGUUUCACUUCCAUACAUGGCUACACUCCAUACAAAUACUUUCAGAAACGACUUCCUGACACUUAAAUCUAUACUCGAUGUUAAUAAAUUUCUCUUCUUCAGAAUCGCUUUCCUUGCCAUUGCCAGUCUACAUGUUAUAUCUUCUCUAUUUCGACCAUCAUCAGUUAUUUUGCUCCCCAAAUAGCAAAACUCCUUUACUACUUUAAGUGCCUCAUUUCCUAAUCUAAUUCCCUCAGCAUUACCCGACUUAAUUCGACUACAUUCCAUUAUCCUCGUUUUGCUUUUGUUGAUGUUCAUCUUAUAUCCUCCUUUCAAGACACUGUCCAUUCCGUUCAACUGCUCUUCCAAGUCCUUUGCUGUCUCUGACAGAAUUACAAUGUCAUCGGCGAACCUCAAAGUUUUUAUUUCUGCUCCAUGGAUUUUAAUACCUACUCCAAAUUUUUCUUUUGUUUCCUUUACUGCUUGCUCAAUAUACAGAUUGAAUAACGUCGGGGAGAGGCUACAACCCUGUCUCACUCCCUUCCCAACCACUGCUUCCCUUUCAUGCCCCUCGACUCUGAUAACUGCCAUCUGGUUUCUGUACAAAUUGUAAAUAGCCUUUCGCUCUCUGUAUUUUACCCCUGCCACCUUCAGAAUUUGAAAGAGAGUAUUCCAGUCAACAUUGUCAAACGCUUUCUCUAGGUCUACAAAUGCUAGAAACGUAGGUUUGCCUUUCUUUCUUCUAAGAUAAGUCGUAAGGUCAGUAUUGCCUCACGUGUUCUAAUAUUUCUACGGAAUCCAAACUGAUCUUCCCCGAGGUCGGCUUCUACUAGUUUUUCCAUUCGUCUGUAAAGAAUUCGCGUUAGUAUUUUGCAGCUGUGACUUAUUAAACUGAUAGUUCGGUAAUUUUCACAUCUGUUAACACCUGCUUUCUUUGGGAUUGGAAUUGUUAUAUUCUUCUUGAAGUCUGAAGGUAUUUCGCCUGUCUCAUACAUCUUGCUCACCAAAUGGUAGAGUUUUGUCAGGACUGGCUUUCCCAAGGCCGUCAGUAGUUCUAAUGGAAUAUUGUCUACUCCCGGGGCCUUGUUUCGAAUCAGGUCUUUCAGUGCUCUGUCAAACUCUUCACGCAGUAUCGUAUCUUCCAUUUCAUCUUCAUCUACAUCAUCUCCCAUUUCCAUAAUAUUGUCUUCAAGUACAUCGCCCUUGUAUAAACCCUCUAUAUACUCCUUCCACCUUUCUGCUUUCCCUUCUUUGCUUAGAACUGGGUUUCCAUCUGAGCUCUUGAUAUUCAUACAAGUGGUUCUCUUUUCUCCAAAGGUGUGUUUAAUUUUCCUGUAGGCAGUAUCUAUCUUACCCCUAGUGAGAUAAGCCUCUACAUCCUUACAUUUGUCCUCUAGCCAUCCCUGCUUAGCCAGUUUGCACUUCCUGUCGAUCUCAUUUUUGAGACGUCUGUAUUCCUUUUUGCCUGCUUCAUUUACUGCAUUUUUAUAUUUUCUCCUUUCGUCAAUUAAGUUCAAUAUUUCUUCUGUUACCCAAGGAGUUCUACUAGCUCUCGUCUUUUUACCUACUUGACCCUCUGCUGCCUUCACUACUUCAUUUCUCAGAGCUACCCAUUCUUCUUCUACUGUACUUCUUUGCCCCAUUCCUGUCAAUUGUUCCCUUAUGCACUCCCCGAAAUUCUGUACAACCUCUGGUUCUUUCAGUUUAUCCAGGUCCCAUCUCCUUAAAUUCCCACCUUCCCUUCUCAAAGAUACAAGAAGAAAACUUGUUCGACUGUCAUACUAGAGGAAUACUCUGAAAAACUGUUUUAUCCUUGAUAGACAAAGGACUGAUUUUGAGAUUCUUUUAUUACGUCGAGUAUUAACUGUAACAACUAUAACGGCUUCUGACAUCAAAUAUAACAGUUGUGAUACUAAAUGGGACACUUAUGUCACUAAUUGUAACUGGGUUUUCUCUUUUGAUGCUGUCAAUUGUCAGGAUGAGCAUUCUAAAGCGUUCUGUCAGGGUUAAAAUAUUAAAUAAAUUAACUUUUCUCUCUUACAACAUGUGGGCAGGGUGGGUUCUUCCUUGGCUCGGGUAUGAGGUCGAAUGAAACAUCAUUUUUACCUAAGAAUAACUUUUAUUGAAGAUUUGUACAACUGUAUCUUACGGAAUAUUCUGGUUCGGAGAGCGGCAGCUGUGUCGUUUGUGAAGUAUUCUGCUGCGGCAGCGGCGGCGGCGGCGGCGGCGGCGGCGGCGGCGGCGUCUGAUUACGCGUAGCGGUGUGUAUCUCGUGUCGCUGUCUCGCUCAGUUGACUGGAGAAGCGCAGCGCGAGGUGGCCCGUUUAAUUAUUGCGAGCGAAAUCGUGCAUCGGAUGAUACCUUGGGUGUGGCGUCCCAGUGUUUCUCUUCUCUAAGCGGCCGCGUGUGUUGUGCGUCGGCCAGCGGAGCGGCGCGGCGGGGCAAGGUCAGUGUCCCGGACUCGAACCACGGACUCCCGCUUGCCAGUCUUCGGCUGUCAGGUCUUCAUCCCAGCUCACAGGUGACUGCUGAUGUGAGGCCGUCUCCUUCCCGUCCUCACGAGUCACCCGGGUAUGUAAAAAUCAGACUUCAAAUACCUUUUAACUUCUGUCUUCUGGCGCCGCGGCUUCUGGUUGCUAUUCCAUUACAGCGGCGGACUUGGUUCGUCUGUGCAUGAUGCAGACUCUUCUUACAUGACGGUCUUCAGCACCGAAACUGACUGAAAACUACUGCUACGCUUCCUCGUCUUCUUCGUCUCUCGUCUCCGUCUCCGUCUUCGACUCCGUCUUCAUCUGUCUUCAUCUGACUUCCUCUGACUUCAUCUGUCUGGCCCACUGCGUCUCGCGUAUUUAUUCACUUCAGUUUACUGGAGGUGAACGACUUCACGGUCAUUGCCUCGUCUGUCACGUUAAAAAGCUUCUCGAAGAAUCUUCUUAACGUCGGUCGUUGGCUCUUGGAAUGUAGGCGAGGGCCUUUGAUCACACGUGACGGCUGAGAAACACGUGAGCCGGUCAUUGCCUCUUCUGUCACGUUGAAAAGCUUCUCGAAGAAUCUUCUUAACGUCGGUCAUUGGCUCUUGGGAUGUAGGCGAGGGCCUUUGCUCACAUACGACAACUGAGAAACACGUGAGCCGGUCGGGCGAUGCCCUGACGGCUGAAUCGACAGCGCCCGCUUAUGUGGAAGUUGCUGACUUCAUGGUCAUUGUGUCCUCUGUUCCGCCGUUCGGCCCGCUGUUUGCGAGUAUGUAACUCUCUAAACUAAACCAAGUUUUUCAUUUAUAUCCUAAUUUCUAGUUCACUUUGAUUUCACUAAUUUAUUUACUUAAGUACCACUCAACAUAACUACUUGUUGUUCUGAUGUGCUGGCGUAAAGACGUACUGUAUAAUUUCAUGUCUAUGUGUGUGUUAAAUGAAGGUGGUAAAUGAUGAAAAA